AUGGCCAGCACGCCGCAUCAGCGCCGCCCCACCGGGCCGCCCACCGCUGCCCCAAGCCUGGGAGCCGGGGCCGCGUCGCUGCCCAACGAGGACGACGAGUCCCGGGAGAAGAUGCUCCGGCGGCAAAACGGCGGCGGCCGUGGGGACGCUGGGGACGCCGGAGCCGGCGGCGGGGCUGGGGCCGAGGCCGAAGCCGAAGGCGUCACCCUGCAGCGCUCCAUCACGCUGCUCAACGGCGUGGCCAUCAUCCUGGGCACCAUCAUCGGCUCGGGCAUCUUCGUGACGCCCACCGGCGUGCUCAAGGAGGCCGGCUCUCCUGGCCUGGCGCUAGUCGUAUGGGCCGCCUGCGGGCUCUUCUCCAUCGUGGGCGCGCUCUGCUACGCCGAGCUGGGCACCACCAUCACCAAGUCCGGCGGCGACUACGCCUACAUGCUCGAGGUCUACGGCUCGCUGCCCGCCUUCCUCAAGCUCUGGGUGGAGCUGCUCAUCAUCCGGCCCUCGUCGCAGUACAUCGUGGCGCUCGUCUUCGCCACCUACCUGCUCAAGCCGCUCUUCCCCACCUGCCCUGUGCCGGACGACGCCGCCAAGCUCGUGGCCUGCCUCUGCGUGCUGUUACUCACAGCAGUGAACUGUUACAGUGUAAAAGCUGCCACGCGGGUCCAGGAUGCAUUUGCUGCAGCAAAGUUGCUGGCUUUGGCCUUGAUCAUUCUCCUUGGCUUCAUUCAAAUCGGGAAGGGUGAGGUCUCCAGUCUGAGCCCCCAGGUGUCCUUCGAAGGCACCAAGUUAGAUGUCGGGAACAUCGUGCUGGCACUGUACAGCGGCCUCUUUGCCUACGGCGGCUGGAAUUAUUUGAAUUUUGUCACAGAGGAGAUGAUAAACCCUUACAGAAACCUGCCCCUGGCCAUCAUCAUCUCCCUGCCGGUGGUCACCUUGGUGUACGUCCUCACAAACCUGGCCUACUUCACCACUCUGUCCACGGAGCAGAUGCUGAGCUCCGAAGCAGUGGCUGUGGACUUUGGGAACUACCACCUGGGCGUCAUGUCUUGGAUCAUCCCCGUCUUCGUGGGCUUGUCGUGCUUCGGAUCAGUCAACGGCUCCCUCUUCACUUCCUCCAGGUUGUUCUUUGUGGGCUCCAGGGAGGGCCACCUGCCUUCCAUCCUGUCCAUGAUCCACCCCAAGAACCUGACUCCUGUGCCGUCCCUCGUGUUCACGUGCGCCAUGACCCUGCUCUACGCCUUCUCCAAAGACAUCUUCUCCGUCAUCAACUUCUUCAGCUUCUUUAACUGGCUGUGCGUGGCCCUGGCCAUCAUCGGCAUGAUGUGGCUCCGCUUCAAGCGGCCGGAGAUGAACAGACCCAUCAAGGUGAACCUCAUCUUGCCCAUCUUCUUCAUCAUGGCCUGCCUGUUCCUGAUCGCCGUCUCUUUCUGGAAAACGCCCGUGGAGUGUGCCAUCGGCUUCGUCAUCAUCCUCACCGGCAUUCCUAUUUACUUCAUCGGUGUCUGGUGGAAAAACAAGCCCAAGUGGCUGCUGCAGGGCAUCUUCUCCACGACAGUCCUGUGCCAGAAGCUCAUGGAGGUGGUUCCCCAGGAGUCCUGAGUCCCCCGAGAGCGAACGCAGAUGUCACUUGGAAAAAACACAGCCCCCCCUUUCAGAAAACAAGAGUGAGCCCAGCAGUUCCCUUCCCUGCU